AUGGCUUCCGAAAAAGAUACCCGAGGCCGAGAGCUUGACACUGUUGCUGUUUAUGACUUGACUCAGCUUCAAGACGACUCUUCAAAAGCACUUGCUCAUUUGAUCAGCAGCAAUCACACCAAUUUUGCAGUCCUCCGAGAUCCGAGGUUACUUUUCCACAACCACUUACCAGAUGUAAAGUGUUGCCCUAAUCCAUAUCGGCUCGCACUAUGCUCACCAUACCUGCUCGGUGCGCAGCGUGAUAAGCUGGAGGACAUAUAUGCUGCCGAAGCAAAAGACAUUACGAACAACAAGGAUUGUGAGAUCCAAGAUGGAGUUACGUACGAGAACUGGAGGCACUUCCCUGCCAACAAGAAAUACACAGUGGCCUACACAGCGUUCUUUGACGCUGAAGUCGGGAACCGCGGGAGUGACUGGAAAUCGGUUGUCAUGGAAUACCUCUUCUCGGGGGACAAGCCUUUAAUCAAUGGAUUUUCUGGCGGCCGUAAGUUAACAUCAAAUUGUUCUCAUGACCCAUGCCUGCACCAAACUUAA